AGCCAACCCUUCCCCUUCAUGCUUCUCCCCCUCCAUAUCCGCACCCGCAUCUACACCCUCCUCCUCACCGUCCCCGGCCUCCUCUGCGCCCGCCAAAACCGCACUCCAGGCUCCUACGCCACAGGCGCCUACAUCGGCUGCGACGAGCGCCACCUUCUUCCCGGAAUCUCCUUCGUCCUGCACCAGCACGCCGUCGAUGGCAUGAAAUCUCGCUUCUCCCGCGCUCCUUACACCAACGUCGCGAUCCUAAGGACCAGUAGCGAAGUCUAUGCCGAAGCGAGGGAGAUUCUGUAUGCCGGGAAUGAGUGGGAGAUGGCUAAUUUGACGCGCGAGACAGCACCCCCGGUCGACUAUGGUGUUAAGCUGUUUCCGCCGGGCGUGAGCAGGAUGGUGCGUCGCAUUACCCUGAAGGCCAGGGCGCUGUAUGGGUUUAGGUAUAUCCUGCGAGAGGGAGGGUAUGCCAAACUGAAGAACGUGUAUCGUGGGUUGGAGCAGUUGACGCUUGUGCUGGAGGUGGAGAACUUGAACAAGGGCAUUGGGAGGAAGCUGGGGAGGGCCGACGGGGACGAGGUGUGGGAGGUAUAUGUGCAGCGCGUGAAGAAGGUCAUGGAGCGGGAGAUCUUUGAUGGGCAGGGGUCGAGGAAGGCGAUUCCGGGGUGGAUUGCGUUCAAGGUGAUGUUCCCUGGGGACGUGUUUGGGGAAGAGGAGAAAGGG